AUGCCCUUUGUUCCUUAUAUAAAACAAGCAACUAACGUCGUCAUUAUAAUAUUAAUCGGUCUAUUCCAACUCAUCUGGCUAGUAGCUACCGUCUGCGCUAUUCGUCGAACCAUUGCUAUCAACAGUCGAAACAAACUCAAGACAACGAAAGCCCAGGAUGCUGAGGCAUCGGAUUCUACUUCUGACGACUACUCAACUGUCCGUCAUAUAGUCGCCAUGACCUUGUACAAGGAACCGAUGAGUGUACUGGAAACUACCAUGGACUCUCUUGUGAAGCAGAAGGAUGCCAAGUCACGCCUCUCUGUCAUCAUCGGUAUGGAAUCGCGUACACCUGACAAAGAGGUGAAUCGUGAUGAGGUCUACGCAAAAUACAAGAGCAAGUUCCUUCGGCUCAUCGUCACCUUCCACCCAUCUGGUAUUCCUGGAGAGAUCAGUGGCAAAUGUUCAAACAUGAACUAUGCCUGCCGCCAAGGCCUACAGAUUCUUCGUCAGGAUAUCGGCUACAACUACGAGAGAUACGAACACAUAUUCACUAACUGCGAUUGCGAUGCUGUUUUUGAUGCCGAUUACAUGAUGGAACUCGAGGCUGAAUACUGCAAGUUGGAUACUGCCGACCGCCACUCAUCCAUCUGGCAAUCCAUCAUUGUCUACAAGAGAGACUCGAUGCCCUUUUUCGUUGACAUAACUGGAGUCUUGCGUACCUUUUUCUUCAUGGGUGUUUUGAUACCUUGGAAUAUCAACCCCAUGUCACAUUACUCUCUGAGUGUCAAGCUAUUGGAGGAGGGUGCAUUUACCCAUCCAGCCUAUCAGAUGGAGGACAUUAUUGCCUUGAUUCGAUAUACCAUCAUGACGAAACGAGAAAUCCGCAUCAGGCCUCUCAAUCUGAUUUCCAUCAACGGUCCGACUUCUGGAAGCAACUACGUAGACGAAAUCCGCGAAUGGGCUCUUCAGGUUCGACGAUGGACUAUUGGCGCUGGUGAGGUCUUCCACUACUUCAUCGUCAAGACUUACCGCAUGCCUGGAAUCUAUCUCUCCAUCAGCUGGGCCAGCCGAUUCUUCAUUUACUAUGGACUUGUCCUCUGUGCCAGCGCCAUCUUUUCUGUUUUCUCUCCCAUCGUUGUUCAGUUGAUCAACAUGGCCGCUCCCGAUUAUGAACGACUCUUGAUUAGCGAUACACUUUUUCAGACUGUCUGUCUUAUCUUCUUGGGGUCACAAUAUGCUUUCUUAUUGGUGGCCACUGUACUUGUCCGGUGGAACCUACCUAUCCCUGGCGAUGGUAGCAGCACUUACAACAAGGGUCUUACAGGUGUCACAAGAGGCUUAUUGCAUUGGAUCUUGAUGCUACCGACCAUCCUCGCCUACAGCUUUGUAGAGCUGUACUCAUUCUUUGAGCUGGCGUUCAGAGGGAAGGAUGUCUGCAAGCAUAAUGCUGCUAGCAAAAGUAACCUGGUCCUCGUUGCUGGCACUACCGAGUCGUCAUAA